UGUUCUCUAAAUAAUAUAUUACAUCAUAGUAUCAAAAAGUUGUCAAUUUCUGUAGAUCAGUACUCGUCAGAAAAGUUAAUCAAUUAUGUGUUAAUUUGAAUAUGUAUUAUCCGUUAGUGAUUCGACUUCAGUCUUAAAAUAUGGCCGCACAUUCGCAUUAUUUGAAAUUAUAUAUUUUCAACUUAAUUAUUUGUUUCAAAACAGCUGGAAUUGAAAUUUUAUCACUUCAGUUGACGUCAGUUAUAGAAACAAAUAAAGGUCCAGUUCGAGGUGAAAUUUUAACAUCUGCUGAUAGAAAAAUAAAAUUUUCAUCAUUUCGUGGUAUAAGAUACGGUAAACCACCCAUCGGUAAUUUAAGAUUCAAGCCACCUGUUGAAGCAGACCCGUGGACAAAUAUUUUUGAUGCAACUUCAGAGGGUAACUCAUGUCCGCAGACGCAUGUAUACAAUCCAAAUAUUUAUAGUGGUUUUGAAGAUUGUUUGAAUUUGAAUGUAUAUACUCCGAAAACAUAUUUUUCGAGUAAUUAUGAUAAUGCAAAUAAUUGUAGUAGUUCAGAUGGUUUAUUACCGGUCAUGGUAUGGAUUUUCGGAGGUGCUUUUACUUUUGGUGACAUAAAGAUUGGUUUUCAUGGUCCGGAUUAUUUUAUUGAAAACGAUGUUGUUGUUGUUGUAAUAAGUUAUCGUUUAGGGCUUCUUGGAUUUUUGUCGCUAGAUUUACCAGAAGCUACUGGUAAUGCCGGAUUAAAAGACCAGAUUCUUGCACUAAAGUGGGUAAAUAAGAAUAUAAAAAAGUUUGGUGGUAAUCCUAAUAAUGUAACUAUUUUUGGAAUAAGUUCUGGUGCAUCUUCUGUUGAUUAUCAUAUUCUAUCUGAUAAAUCACAAGGGCUUUUUCAUCGAUCCAUUAGCAUGAGUGGAUCAUCUCUAUGUUUUUGGAGUAUUACCACUACACCUCAAAUUCAAAAUUAUGCUUACCAAGUAGCUCAUAAUAUGGGUUAUACCGUUAAUAAUAACACAGAGCUUCUCAAAUUAUUACAAAAUGAAUCUGCUGAAAAAAUGAUUAAAGCAGCUGCUAAAAUAACCUCAAAUAAGCGUCCAUUUAAACCAGUAAUUGAAAAUGAAAAUAUUGCUGGUGAUUCGGCAUUUAUUACAAAAUGUUUCAUUGAAAAAUUCAAGACUGGAAAUUUUAAUCGACUGCCUCAUAUGAUGGGUUUUAUGGCUCAAGAAGCUAUAUUAUAUCUCGCUCGUACUUCUCUGACGAAAUUAAAACAAAAUGUCAGGGAAUUACGUAAUAAAGUGACAGUGUCUGUUGAUGAUUUUCCUUCAAAUUUAAGUCCAACAGUUGAAUAUAUGUUUGGAGGAUCAACGAAAAAUAUAUUUAGCAAUAUAAUCAACAAUUCAAUUAAUCAACUUGUUCAGAAUCUUACUGACUUACUUUACACGAGUGCCUUUGAUAUGAAGCAAAAGAUGAUGCAACAAUACACAAGGAUUUAUUAUUAUCGUAAUACAAUGAAUACUAAUGUAUCGUAUCAUAAAAUAUACAAUGGGGUUGACGUAGAAGGUGCAUCACACGGUGAUGACAUGCUAUAUUUAUGGCAUAAUUCGCAUAUAAAUUUGCCAAGUGAUCCACAUCAUCCAUAUAAUAUAGGCCGAUAUCGUUUAAUCAAAUUGUGGACUAAUUUCGCCAAGUAUUCAAAUCCAACGCCACUUGGUAACGAUGAUCCAUUGUUGAAUGUUACUUGGACAGAGUCAGGACCAGGAGGUUAUUAUCUUGACAUAAGCAACAAUGGUCUGACUAUGAUGCAAACAAGACCAAUAAAUGAUAAUAUAAAAAAUAUUCAACAAGAUUAUUUUACCGUUUUUGAAAAAUAUACCGGUUGUCAGUAAAAAGUAACACUUUUCGAGGCAAGUCAAGACGGUCUAGGUGCUACAAGUUUCGGUGUUGAGUUUUAACACCGAAUUAUAAUAACGCUACCAGUGUAAAUAUUCUUUACCGGUAUAAAAAAAUUUCCCGGUGUUAAAAUAUUUUUCGGUGCUAAAAAUAUUUUACAAUAGGUAGACAGUCUUGCUAUUAAUUAAUUAAUUAAAUUAUCAGUGAU